UAACGGCUGGUAACAGAUUGAUGGCUUACUCGCAACGAUCGCUACAAUAGUAUUCACAUAGUACAGACAUUGGACAACUAUCGAAAACUUUCUAACUUUUAUAUUUAAGUUAUUAAGGACAGCUUGACUUUAUUGAAAUAGCCAGUAACUGCCAAAAAGUGUUAACGGCUGUACCAUACGCAUGGGUGAAACUUUUCCACGGCGUAGAUCAUAACUAUAUACCAUAUUAUCCUACAUGUGACUGUGGUUGCAGAGUACUCGUGAAAGAAAAUAACACGGUCACAAUAACGUAAAUAGUGCAGCAAAAGUAAGUCAUAUACGCAAAAAACAGGAAGAGGAACGGGAUUUAACGAUAUGGAGACGCCGCAUCACACCAACACUGAAUGCAUUAUCCGAAUAUUCGGAUACGGAUCGUUGCUAUGGAAACCGGAUUUCGCGUACGUUGAAAGCGAGGUUGGGUACAUCGAGGGGUUUAAGAGAAGAUUCUGGCAGGGGAGUGAUUCCCAUCGAGGAACCAAAGAUCAGAACGGAAGAGUUGCUACGCUGAUACCAACACAAAAGUGUAACAGAGUUUGGGGCGUGGUUUUCAAGGUAUCCGAUCCUGACGAACAGCGGAAAGCAUACGGUGGGUUGACCAAACGAGAAGUUAAACUGGGCGGAUAUGACGUCAUCAACACUGUAUUUUACCCGCGAAAUGCCGAUUCUGAGCCAUGUAAUGUAACUGUGUUUGUAGCAACCCGGAAAAACAGGCUUUACCUGGGAAAAGCCAGUAUGGACACCAUGGCAAUGCAAGUCCAUGUUGCCAGGGGCUUUGCUGGUUCGAAUACAGAAUAUGUUACGAAAACAGCCGAGUAUAUACGGAAAUAUAUUCCGGAAGAUGACGACAAGCACCUGUUUGAUUUAGACCGUCGUGUUCGUGAUCUCGCUCAACAGACGAUUUGCACGAAUGUAACAGACGGCAUUGAAGAAUUCUAUGAAAAUAUGCCCAUGGAUGACGAUGUGGAAUAACCAUGUGACGUAACUCAUGACCACUGUGAUGUGAUUGGCUGCAGCACCGCCAAAUCGUCUUCCUGUCAAUUAUUCCCAAUGUUAAUGUAAUGAGGUGUAUUUAUUGCAGUACGGAUUCUUUAUGCAUUUUAUAUACAUGAAUUUGAAUGGCUGUGUGUGUCUAAUAAAUAAAUGGCCUUUGCAAAGGAACAGAUAUCAAUUUUCUAGCUAUCAUUGUACAGUAACUUACAAGUGUGUAUUUGUUUUUGUAACAUCAUGCAUGUAUACAUGUUUCAACUUCAUGACAGCCAUGUACAUGUAUAUACAAAAUAGGGUGACCUGACCGUGAUAAUUUUGUUACAAAGAAUUUUGAGGGCUUAACGCAAUAUUGUUUUAACGACUUAUAUUUCUAUACCGAGUUAUAACUGACUUGCACUAAGCCAUCGGAAUAUGCUUACAAGUGAUUCCUGUUCUAUCUGGUUCAGAUGCUGGGAGCAUUUCAGUGUCCCGGUGAACUAUUGUUGUGAGUGAAAAGUGACUAUUAUUAAUGGUAUCAUGGACAUACACAUGACGAUUUAUACAUGUAUGUCCGCGGUUGUAUUAUCAUGGCUUUAUCUUAAAGGGACCCACUCAUAUGUGUAAGUAUGUUGGAAGCAAAUGUUUUCCAUUUUCAUUGAAGCUGCACUCACAAAUUUACUUUUUUUUAUUCUUUGUCUUGGAAUGAGUCAAUUUUUGUGUCAAUCUCUUUAGACCAGUGAUAUAAGACUGCUGACAAAAGAGUAGCUCGCAGAUUUCAUGUUUUACGUUUGAAAAUCGAUUUCCUUUCAUAGAAAAAUGAAAUUUUCGGCAGUAAACCAUACUAUUGAAAUCUGUUCUAUUGUGUGCAAUCUUAUGACUGAAAUAAAGGCACUGAUGCCAAAAUGAGCUGAUUCUGAGACAAUUUCUUUAUAAUAAAAAAGGGUAAAAGCUGUCAAAUUGUUAGAGCGCAGUUUUCAGUAAUCAUUAUCUUACAUGUAAGAGCUCUAAUUUGAGUUUUUGAUGACAUUUUAUUAGUGAAAACAAGCUCUUUGUUCACAUUUGGCAUGCAAAUAAAAGGUUCAAUGUCCCUAUUAAACAUGAGGUUGAGUUCCUUUAACAUGUAGACCAACCUAUAAUACAUUGUGGCAGUGAAUUAUUCUUUGUAAGAAAAUAUUUAUAGAUUUGAUCUCUAUGCAAGUGAUAUCUCAUAAUAUGUGCAUAUCAGUAUUAUAUGAUUUUUAUUAUUAUUAUUAUUUAUCAUUAAUAUUAUUUUAUUAUAUUAUUAUUGUUAUUAUUAUUAUUAAUAUUGUUUUAUUAUUCAUAUUAUUAUUAUUAUUAUUGUUAUACAAUGUAUAUACAAUAAAUAAUCAUUUGUUAUGAAUAUUCUAUUAUGUACUGUGUACAUGUAUAUAAAAUGUGACAUGAAUUUGUGUGGAAUGAUUAAUAAUGUACCAUGGUUGGGUUGAAUUUGCAAUGUAUUUUUUAUCUUAAUAACAUUAUUUUACACAUGUUCAUGUAUUAUAACAAUACAAUUAUAAUGCCUUUCACAGUACAUUAUGUUAAACUGCAUAAGUUUACAUGAUAAAUAAAGCUGAAAAAUGAGUCUUUUCAUUUUAAAUACAAACUAAUCAGA